AUGUCGGCCUUCCGCAUCUGCGACCUGUUUCUUCGUCUGGAGGCUCCUAUGAACAACAUCACCACGUCUCUGGGCCAGACGGCAGAGCUGCUGUGCCGUGUGUCCGGUAACCCCCUUCCCACGGUGCGCUGGCUGAAGAACGACGCUCCCGUGGUCCAAGAGCCUCGCCGGAUCUCCUACCGGCCCACGCCCUACGGCUCCCGCCUCCGCAUCCGUAACUUGGACACCACAGACACCGGCUACUUCCAGUGUGUGGCCACCAACAGCUACGGCACCGUCUCCACCACCGGAGUACUCUUCGUCAAGUUUGGGCCUCAGCCCUCCGCAACGCCGUCCUCCCUGGAUGAUUUUGAUGAAGAGGGGUUUUGCCAGCCGUACAGGGGCGUAGCUUGUUCUCGCUUCAUAGGGAACCGCAGCAUCUUCGUCGACUCGCUGCAGAUGCAGGGCGAGAUCGAGACCCAGAUCACAGCCGCCUUCACUAUGAUCGGAACGUCCAACCACCUGUCGGACCGCUGCUCCCAGUUCGCCAUCCCGUCUCUGUGCCACUUUGCCUUCCCUACAUGUGACCGCAGCUCUGGGGUAGACAAGCCCAGGGACCUGUGUAAGGAUGAAUGUGAGAUCCUGGAGAAUGACCUGUGUAAGACCGAGUACAUCAUCGCCCGUUCCAACCCCAUCAUCCUGAAGAGACUGAAGCUGCCGAACUGUGAGGACCUGGCAGCACACGACAGCCCAGAGGCUGCUAUCUGUAUGAGGAUAGGGAUCCCCAUGGCUGAGCCCAUCAACAAGAACCACAAGUGUUUCAACAGCAGUGGUUCUGCCUACCGCGGGACGGUCAGUAAGACCAAGUCGGGUCGUCAGUGCCAGCCCUGGAACUCUCAGUAUCCUCACAGCCACACCUACCUGGCGUUGCGCUACCCAGAGCUCAGCGGAGGCCACUCUUACUGCCGUAACCCCGGCAACAAGCAGGAGGGACCAUGGUGUUUCACCCUGGACGAGGGAGUCCGCAUGGAGCUCUGUGACAUCUCCGUCUGCGAUUAUAAGGAGAACCGUGGGGGCAGUAACAUGGAGAUUCUUUACAUCCUGGUCCCGAGCGUAGCCAUCCCUCUGGCCAUCGCCCUCCUCUUCUUCUUCAUCUGUGUGUGUCGUAACAACCAGAAGGCUGCCCGACCCCCAGCGCCCAGACAGCCCAAACCUGUCAGAGGACAGAACGUAGAGAUGUCCAUGCUCACCAACUACAAACCCAAGAGUAAGGCCAAGGAGCUCCCCCUCUCUGCGGUGCGGUUCAUGGAGGAGCUCGGUGAAUGUGGAUUUGGUAAGAUCUACAAGGGCCACCUGUACCUGCCUGGUAUGGAGCAAGCCCAGCUGGUUGCCAUCAAGACCCUGAAGGACUACUCCAGCCCUGGCCAGUGGGGUGAAUUCCAACAGGAAGCGUCGGUCAUGGCUGAGCUUCACCAUCCCAACGUGGUGUGUCUGCUGGGUGUAGUGACCCAGGAACAGCCUGUCUGCCUGCUGUUUGAGUUCCUAAACCAAGGGGACCUCCAUGAGUUCCUCAUCAUGCGCUCUCCUCACUCUGACGUGGGCUGUAGUAGCGACGAGGACGGGACUGUCAAGUCCAGCCUGGACCAUGGAGACUUCUUGCACCUGGCCUUACAGGUGGCUGCUGGGAUGGAGUACCUGGCCAGUCACUUCUUCGUCCAUAAGGACCUGGCGGCCCGUAACAUCCUGGUGGGAGAACAGCUCCACGUCAAGAUCUCUGACCUGGGCCUGUCCAGAGAGAUCUACACCUCAGACUACUACAGGGUCCAGCCCAAGGCUUUGCUCCCUAUCCGCUGGAUGCCUCCAGAGUCCAUUGCCUAUGGGAAGUUCACGUCGGAGUCAGACAUCUGGGCGUUUGGCGUGGUGCUGUGGGAGAUCUUCAGCUACGGCCUGCAGCCCUACUACGGCUUCAGUAACCAGGAGGUCAUGGAGAUGGUGAGGAAACGUCAGCUGCUGCCCUGCCCAGAGGACUGCCCCCCCAGGGUCUUCGGCCUGAUGACAGAGUGCUGGCAGGAGGGCCCGGCGAGAAGACCACGUUUCAAAGAUAUCCAUGGUCGUCUGAGGGCCUGGGAGGGGCUGUCAUCCCACGCUAGUUCUAGUACCCCAUCAGGAGGUGGGGGCAACGCCACAACUCAGACCACCUCGUUGAGCGCCAGUCCGGUCAGUAACCUUAGCAACCCGCGCUAUGCCGCCGCUGCAGGCUACCUCUACCCGGCCCAGGGGAUGCCUGCGCAAGGUCAUCCAGGCCACCAGAUGGCAGGCUGGACCCCUAUGACCCAUGGAGCGCCCAUGGCCCAGAACCAACACCAACGCUUCAUCCCUGUCAACGGGUACCCCAUCCCCCCAGGAUACGCUGCCUUCCCUGCGGCCCACUUUCAGGCCCAGGGCCCCCCCAGGGUGGUGCAGCACCUCCCCCCGCCCAAGAGCAGAUCUCCCAGCAGCGCUAGCGGCUCCACCAGCACCGGUCACGUGACAAGCGUGCCCUCCACGGGGUCCAAUCAGGAUGCGAACACGCCGCUGCUGUCACACUGCGUGGCAAUAUCCGCCCUGCCAGGGGGCGGGACCAUGCAGGUGUACGGACACAUGUCCCAGAAGGCUUUGCAGCAGAUGGACCCCUCACAGACGUCCGCGCUGCUGGCCGACGCCAACAGACUCAUGUAUAGCGAAUCGGUCAUCACUGCAGACCUGUAA